GGAUAUAUUUUCUUGAUAAUUUAACUACAAGUAAAAUUAUUUAGUUUAAUUUUCAAAACAUACAAGAUGUUUAAAAAUUACAUAUUCUCUAUAUUCUUUCUGUGUUUUAUAUUUUGUGUAUCUGGUGAAGACUUUAAAAAAGACAAUCCAGUAUGCGCCAUUACUCCCGACCAAAGAAGCAUUUAUCUCGCUUGCCUUGCACCUUUCAUACCCAAACCUUACUUAAAGGAGAUAACUGAAUUCGUUCAAUGUGCCGAAGUACCCUCAUUUCUGCAUGCAAUUGAAUUACUGUGUCUUCUUGAUAACGAUGCUCCCGAAGUUAAAGUCAUUCAAGAAUGUUUCGCAGAAAGAGAGGGUCUUCUUAAUUUGAAUCUGGAUGAGGAGGUAGUUAGACAGUGUUCUGACGAAGCCCUUAAGUAUAAAGAGAUCGAAGAUCUUAUGGAAGAAGAAGGCGAUAAAUAAAGAAUUAUUGAAGAUUACAUUUAACAAAAUGUA